AUGCAACAUGCUCAUGAGCCACCGGACACUGGGCCACCUAGCCCAGCCACGGGCUCGGCAAGACUGGCGUCUCAAGCCACGGCCAUGCAAGUUGAUGCCGAAGGCAGCGCGACUGACAUGGACAUCACGAGAACUAACUUUGCUGGCCCAUCCCCUCGGACACUCCCAGCUACCACGGGGGCGUCAAUGAAGACGACUGGACCAGUUGCAACCACCCCAAUCUCGCUUGGCGGAGGAUCCUGGCUGCAGCGUGUUCAGGCCGGGAUAAGUGGGACGACUUGUCUGAGUGAAGAGGAGGCGCUGAAGUCGAAGAUGCUGCAUGGAGUAUGGAAACCGGCUGAGCGGGCGCAACUACUAGCUACGCUGACGACCGACUGGACGAAUAUCAUGACAAUCCUUGGACGUCAGCCGUUCAAGACAUGCGUAGUCUUGCACUUGCCCAGGCGACUGUGCGCGUUGGACCUCCUGCACCCGCCGCACUUCAUCAAGGAGAUCAUGAUCAGCGAACACCGCGCGUUGCUGGAAGACUUUCACGAGCUACACCUCAACUUCUCGCUCACGGCGAAUCUGCCACCUAGCGUUCGCCUUGCAAGGAAUGCGCCGCACUUGGCAAUUCUGCAAGAACUUUUUCACGCGAACACUGACGAGGCGGGUCGAGGACGAUCCAUGAUGCAUCGACUCAUCGGCAGCGUGACCCGUGUGUCACCUGUCAAACCGACUGCGUAUCAAGUCGAUAACGUCUCGGAACUCAUGGCCCUUUUGACUUUGCAACGCGAUGGGUUGGCCAGUAACCCUGGGGUCACGCUGGAGCAACCAGUGGGUAUUUCUACCACUGCUGAAUCGGGGACAGGGCGAACCACGGAACCUUCACCUACUGCCUCCACACCAGGUCCAACUGAGCCUACUGCACCCGGCGCAGACUUCUCGACUAAGCUGUCCAAAGCUGCUAAGCGGGCGAAAAAGAAGGCCGCGGCAUCGGUGAGCAAGGACACAGUGCCAGAUAGCGCCGUCGAUACUCCUUCUCCUUUUCAGCGCGAGGAAGCGAUCGGGCUCUACGCUGUACUUACCGAGGAAGAUAGUGAUUUAGAAGACGAUAUGGAUAUUUCGGACAAUGAUGCAGAUGGAGACGUUGACGAGGCAUCGUAUGCGUACCCGGAAGCUGCAAGGAAGAAUUCGGACAUCGACAUGAAUGUGCAGCAUGAGUGUGCUGAGCCUAAAUCUGAAACGGAUGUGGUCACACAAGACCCCACGGCAGGCACCAGCCAUUUCCAACCUGUCGUGGACGUUGGCGCUGAUGCGCUGGCAGAACAAGCUGAGCGACGAAGCGAGGGUCAUGACGUGGUGGCAGCUGCACCCGUGCACGGCGACUUGGUGCAGAGUACUAUGGACAGAUUUGUUUCACCGUCGGUACAUUCUGAACGGCCUGCACAUGCUGCGUCAAUGCCGGUUGACCAGCCGCCGAACACGCACAUGCUUUCCAGCCCGACUAGCGAUGAGGAAUUUACUAUGGGUGCUCCGCAUGCAGGAUCCGCCGACGGCGAUCAGGAUUUGCCAACGCAGCUUAUGCACUGGCUUGCGAGCUUCAAGGGGCGGCCAGUUGAGGUCGCCGCUACUGGCCAGUGUGCUAUGCUGGCGUUUCAUGCCACGACAAGCAACUACGAUGGAGCUAAGUUGCCACGGUCUGCUAAAGUAACACGGGGUGCAAACCAGAUGAAACGUGUCGUCUACGCGAUCAUGAUGGCCAAUCUCCGUCGGGAUGUCGAACUGGAGCUUGUGAACCCGAUAACCGAGCUGCAGUGA